GUGGACAGCAUCCCCCGCACACUAUCCAACCAUCCACUAUGAGCGCUAAACAAUUCGAGGCAACACCCAUCGAGCAGAUUCCUGUUAUUCGCAGCGAGUUGCAAAAGAACUUCAAAUCUGGAAAGACCCGCCCCCUUGCGUACCGCAAGCAACAGCUCCUCGCCCUCGCCUACCUCCUCAAAGACAACCUCCUCCGCUUCCAGGAGGCUCUUGCUGCCGACUUGGGUCGCCCUCAUGCUGAAUCAAACGUGCUCGAGCUCGGAAACACCUUGACCGAGGUGAAGUUGGCAUACGAUGAAGUCGGGAAAUGGUCCAAACCCGAGCGCGCUGCGUGGUCGAUGAACUGGUUUGCCAUGAGUCCGACGUUGAGGAAGGAGCCCAAGGGUGUCGUCCUUAUCAUCAGUCCGUUCAAUUAUCCUGUUUGGCUUUCGAUUGGCCCAUUGGCUGGUGCAAUUGCAGCAGGCAACGCUGCGGUGCUGAAGCCCUCUGAACUUACGCCCGCAUAUAGUGCUUUGCUCGCUGAGCUUGUAGAGAAACACCUGGACCCUGACGCCGUGCGGGUGGUUCUUGGGGGAAUCCCCGAGACAACUAAAAUUUUGGGACUGCCAUGGGACCAUAUUUUGUACACCGGAGGUGGGCGAGUGGCUCGUAUUGUGUUGACAGCAGCUGCUCAAACACUAACACCUGUAACUACCGAGCUCGGUGGAAAGUCGCCUGUUGUCAUUGACUCCAAAUGCGACUUGAAGACGGCGGCCAAGAGGCUAAUGUGGGGAAAGGUUUCGAAUUCUGGACAAACAUGUGUUGCUCCCGAUUAUGUUUUGGUACAGAGAGACUUCAUGCCUACACUUGUUCAAGCCUGCAAGGCCGUCCUGAAUGAAUUUUACCCCGAAGGCGCUGAAAAAUCCGAUUCAUUCUCGCGCAUCGUCUCUGUAUCGCACUUCAAUCGCAUCAAGGCGCUGCUUGACAACACCAAAGGAGAAAUUGUAUACGGUGGAGGCACGAACGAGGAGAAAAAGUUCAUCGAACCGACUAUCGUAGCUGGAGUUGACGGAGCGGAUUCCUUGAUGAGCGAGGAAAUCUUCGGGCCCGUUCUGCCAAUUGUGCCAGUCGACAGCCUGGAUGAGGCCAUAGAGUUCAUCAACGCUCGUGACCAUCCUCUCGCGAUCUAUGUCUUCUCCCAAAGUGCUGCCUUCAAGGCAAAAGUCAUCGAUAACACCCAGAGCGGCUCGGCUGUCGUGAAUGAGACUAUGCUUCAAACAGUCGCGGAGGGCCUGCCAUUCGGCGGCAUCGGUCCCAGUGGAUCGGGCGCACAUACCGGCAAAUUCUCCUUCGAUCUUUUCACUCAUAUUCGAUCCACUCUCGAUAACCCUGCCUGGGUGGAUAUGCUCAUGA